UGGGUAGUGUUUCAUUUCGCUCCUGGCAGCAGCUCCUCAGGGGGUCGUUCUUCCCGUGCCGGCUUUCCCUAGGGUUUCAUGACAGGGGGCAAAGGUACUAGGGGAGAAAGAAUCCCGUCCCUGAAGGAUCCCAAGGCCCCUCGACAUACACACGGUGACGAUUAGUUUCUUAAUAGAUGGUAAUAUUCCGGGAGGCUGGGGGUGGUUCUUCGUCCUCCGCUUUGCGAGUCUCCCACCCCCUCUCUCGGACUGUCGGGGAGGGGGAGAGGCUCCUGCCGCUGGCCCGAGGAGGGGGAGGAGAAGGAGGAAGAGUAGUGUAUGCGGCUCCGCAGGAAAGUCAGUCAGAAAAGACUGACUACAGUCAGGAACGACACUACUGAGGGGAAGACGUAGCGUCUGCUUUAUCUGUCUUCACGUGUCUCCUCCCUCUGGUGGGCUUUGGUUUAUAGGGAAGAGGAAUUUCAGCAGGCUCGAGCUAAAAAUUUCUGUCUAAAAGCAGAACGUGCUUCCUCCUACGUUUUCUCUUGCAGACGGGGCUCAGCUGAACAAGCCCUCCUCUUGAAUCCUGUCGUAAGCACCACCAUGCGGGAACCGGGCUGGACCUACCAGAGGCUGCAGCAACAGCCUGGGCGGCCCUGAGCAGAAGCGACGAGUUCUGUCCUCUUCUCGGGGAUGAUGUAGAGAUAAAAUAAGCUGCUCUGUUAAUAGCCGGUUUAUCAGUCAUGAAACGAAUUAUUCUGGUUUUUAUCCUGGCUGCUGCUGUUAUGUAUGGUAUCCUGCAUGGAAAUCUCUGGAGAAAUAACUUCUACUGGCUUAGUUUUUAUGGACAGACUUCCCCUGUGAGGGCUUCUCCUUCCUAUGUGACUAGUGGAGUUACAAUCAGUUACAAUCAGCUGCCACCUACAGCUGUAGAGAGGAGAAAUGCAUUGGAUACUUGUCUCCUGAAACCAGCAUUUGAAUCUUUACUGGGUGUUGACAAAAUAUACCCAUUCCUGUGCGCUAAUGAUUUUAUCAGAGUGGCAGAGUUCCAAGGGAGCAAUAAGUUUGAACUACCUUAUGGAAUAAAGAGAGCAGAGCAAUUUUUUCGUUUAGCCCUUUCAAGACUGCAGAACUGUGGCCUUUCCAGUGAAGAAGACAGCAUUCCCUGUCGACGGUGCGUUGUGGUCGGUAAUGGAGGAGUUCUUCGAAAUAAGACAUUAGGGGAGAAAAUUGACUCAUAUGAUGUCAUAAUAAGAAUGAAUAAUGGCCCUGUGAUAGGAUACGAAGAGGAUGUUGGGAGGAGGACGACUUUCCGCCUUUCUUACCCAGAAUCUAUCUUCUCAGAUCCCAUUCACUACGACCCCAAUACCACUGUUGUUCUCAUCGUCUUCAAACCACGGGACUUGAAGUGGCUUUGGGAGAUACUUGGUGGUCAGAAAAUAAGCGCGAAGGGCUUUUGGAAGAAACCAGCUCUGAAUAUGAUCUACAAAUCAAGUCAAAUCAGGAUUCUUGAUCCCAGCAUCACCAGGAAAACUGCCUAUGAGUGGCUUCAUUUCCCAACAAGGUUUCCUAAGAAGGAGAAACCCAAGCAUCCAACAACGGGGCUAAUUGCCAUUACACUGGCAUUUCACAUAUGCCAUGAAGUCCACCUGGCAGGCUUCAAGUACGACUUCACUGACAGAAAUAGCUCUUUGCACUACUAUGGCAAUGAAACCAUGUCUCAGAUGAUGCAGAAUGAAUACCACAACAUCACCGCUGAGCAGAAAUUUUUGAAGAAGCUUAUAGACAAGAAUUUUGUGGUCAAUUUGACCUGAAAGCUGAAUGGAAAAUACAAAGAACAAUCACUAUUUUCAAGAUUUGAAAAAUUUUAAUUUUUUGUAUGGCAUUUUCAUUUUUUAAGUGCAGCAUAACUGUUUACUGUUUAAAGGAGCCCAGAAACCUCAUCAAGGCAAAAGUGUCUAAGCCUGAGGAUAAUGGACUGUUGCAAACAGAGUUAACUGAAUUUCUGUGAAGCUUUUUAAUAGUGGGAAAACCAUGAAACUUAUCAGGGAUAUAUAAAAAUGUGAUGUACAUCACUUACUUACCAGUGAGAACUCUUUCCAAAUAAUUAAUUCUCUGGAAUACUUUUGUUUCUGAUGUUGUCCUCUGAAAGAGUUCCACUGUCAAGAGACUGAGAUGACCAGUGGUCAGUCAGCAGGUAGAUGUAAAGUCGUGACUACCUGUCUUGUUGUAUGAAAACUGCUUUAAAACUAUGCAUCUAAAUCAUUACUGUGUGUUUUGGAGAAGGGGGAAACAUACAGACUGUACAGGUUUUGUUCUGCCAUACUCCUGAGGAGAGGAUAUCCACCUUCAGCCAAGCAGCCAGAGCUUCUGCACUGACCAUCACCUCUGAGCUUCUGUCUGCCUUUGCCGAAGGUGAAGACCCUUUGUCCGAUUUGUGGAGAUGUUGGUGUUGACAAUGCUUGUGUUGUACCCAUUUUAUGGAAAAAUCAUACUCCCUGUGCUGUGCAUCCAGUAAAUUUUACAGUUGCUGACUUGACUUAAAAAAGAGGGGAUAUGAAGACUGAAGAGCUGCGUGUCAGCCCCCAGACUACAACAGAAACAGAAGCUUGGACAGAGAUGUUCAUGCCUGAGUUUAGAGUCAAUGUUUGUUGGAGUCCUAGUUCUCCAGGACAGCAUCUCAUGUAUUUUUUUUUGCUUGCUCCUCAAAACAGGUGUAUUUUUCCAAAUGAGGAUAAUCUCCUUCCUCAGAUGCUGUAAUGCAUCAAUACAAGCAAGGAAUGUUCCCAUUUUUGGCAGUAGAGUGUGGUAGGGAAUAUCCAGGAUGUACCCUCAGCUGAAUUAUCAUUUGGCAUCUGUUUACCUCUUCUGUGUUGAUAUUUAAGUUUGAAGUGUGUGGCUGAACUAAAUCAUUUAGCAGUGGGAACUUACUCAAGAUUUUAGUGGAAACAUUUAAUGAGACACUUAUAUUUCCUGUAUUGGUUUGUCUCUGACAGGCCUGUGAAUAAAAUUAAAUCUGCUUGGGAAGAUGCUUGACAGCUGUCAAUGAACAACAAUAUGCAGUCCCAAUAUCUCACAUGACAUCUAUAUAAAAUUUUUAUUUUAAUUAUGGCAGAAUUUCUGGAAGAUUUUGUGGUUAUCUUCAUCAAUCAAACCUGAAGAAAGCACAAAUAAGUCAACAUAAAAAAGUCUUUGAAGUUGGUAGGAAUACCGUUGUUGCUUUUAAAUAAAAUUAUAUAGAGAGGGCGUUUAGAAGUAAUGCAAACAAUCACAAUAUGAACAUAAACCAUGGUAUUUGUUAUUUUCAGAAGGUGAGGAUUGCAAGAGUACUAAACACAAUUUAUUUAUUUUGCUGUAGCUAUGUAGAGGAAUUGCAGUUCAGGAGUUAGGGGGAGCGCAGUGUGGUCUGGAGAGGUGCCACAGCUGAAGGGGAGGAGGCUUGUGUUUUCACCCAGUGAUUCCUGAGCUUUGGUUUGUUUCAGGCAAGCUGGGCAUACCUGAAAUAACUUGAGAGAUCAGAAAAAUCUGUGGCAUGGGCUGGGGAAGGAUAUCCCAGCAAGGGACAGGGUGUGCCACGGUGUUUUGUCAGCUGCAUGUUGCUUGGCUGCAGCUGCACUCCAGCUGUGUGCAGGGUGGCAGGUGGGGAUGAGGAGGAGAGGAGAGUGUGUCCCCAAGUCCUGGGGUGCUGGAACAGGUGACACUGGUGGUGGCAAUGGAGGAAAUCACAAUUUCUUCACCAACUGGCAGAAGGGCUCUUAAUUUUUUGUAUUUCCUUUAUUUUUUCCUGAGAUUUUGAAGAGAUCUUGAAAGAAGAAGCAGCUUGAAAAUCUCAAUACAAACAGGUGGGGUUUCACUUAAGAAAAUAGUGACAGUAUUGUCUUUGUGUCUCUACCAGCAUUUAUUUCUCCUGGUUAUUUCAGUUAAUUAAAAAGGUUUGUAUGUGAUUCUGCAGCCCCAGACCAACAGUGAUUUAAACUCCUGACAGUAGUAAUUCCACUGCGCAAGCUGCUGUGGCAGAGAUUUUUGCAGACAUAGCAGUGUUCUCCAAGCUGUUGUGGAGGAGCCCCUGGUACAUCUUAGACUCUGGUGAGAGCCAAGGCCAGCAGAAGUGGGAGGCUUGCUCUUCACCCUCAAAAUCUGCUGUUGCGUCCAGAGCUGGGCCCCCUGGCUCUCCCAAUGGCUGUUGCUGUGGUCCAGCUACAUCCAUGUAACAUCUUGCAGGAUGCUGUCCAGGAGGAUUUUUUUCCAGGAGAGCUGUUGAAUUUGUUCCAGACACUGUGAGGAGAGUUCUUGUGGUGCAGGCUGCAUCCCUUUGCUUCUUCACCUCUGUCUCCAGUUCCAGGAAGUGGGUAGGGAGCUGUCCUUUUGAAGAUGUGGUUAUUUUCUCAUUUAUUUAUUUUUUCAUCUCCAGAGAUACUCCUUCCACUAAUCUAAACUGAUUCUUUCUCUUUUUUCUAGUAGGUUUUCUGCUUUUUUGGGGAGGAUGGGAUUUGGAUUCUAGCUGUAGCAGAACAAAUAAUAAUAAAAAAAAAAAAAAAAAGCAGCUUUGUGGCAAAGAAAUGGUGUCUCCCAAACUCUUAGUACUUAAAAAAAAAAAAAAUCCCUUUAGUCUUCUUCACUUUUGCCACAUCAACUUUUUGAUCUCCCUGAAAUAUUUUUUUUAAAUAAUGUUUGGUGUUCUCAAUGAAUUUAAUAUGUUAUCUACAAGCAUUUAUCCAUAUCAGCUGUUCAUUUUUAUAUCCUAAUAAGCCUUCUUAUGGUAUGGCUGACUUUUCAAAUAAAGCAGUAUUUCAAGGA